CUAGGUCAGCCAUGUGGAUGCGUCUGUUGAACAGCUGAAGAGUGCUACAGCCUACGGAGAGACGGAACGUGUAAUGUGUGCAUAUGAAAGGGGGGGCGAGGAGGAGGAGGGGGGAGAGCGUGUGUGGAAAAAGGAAGCGGAGUCUGUGAACGAACAGCGAACUCACUGAUAUCCUCCUGGACCCGGAGCACUCAAUACAAAACAAGCUACUUUUUUUUUGUUCAUACGCAAGAUAUCAAGGAGCUACACCACCGCGAGAGAAAAAAAAGGGGGAAACGGAGGCAACCGUGUGUUUUCGGGAAAGGCUGCCUCGGCGAUUAUUACGUGAUUACAUGAGCAAAAGUGAGACCAGGCAGGGCCGUCUUUUGUUGAGGCAAGUGGUCGUUUGCCUGUGUAGCAGGCAGCUAAAGGAUAAAGUGUCUGCCUGAUUAUUGUUUCAAGCCUCUGGUUUCUUGGAUUUGGCCCAGGACACCGGGGUUUAUUCGACGGGGUCAUCCUUCGUGAGGAUUGAAGUAGUUUGUAGCGGUUACUUUGGAACUGUACAGUCAUCAGACUGGCGGCUUUUUCUGAAACACUGGGGUUGUUGGUGUGGCUGAAUUUUCCCUGGAUUUGAUUGGUCAAUUCAGAAGACUGAAGCCCAGGCUGACAGUCUACCUUUCACGGAGGCCCAGCCGUGAGAGGACUGAGGAAGGCACGUGGCGAAUCAUGACCGCGGACAAAGACAAGCCAGACAGGGAGAAGGACAGGGACAGAGACCGAGACAGGGAGCGGGACAGAGAGAGGGACAGAGACCGGGACAAGAGGGACAAAGCGUCCAGGGAGAGCGAGAGCUCACGACCACGCCGUAGCUGCACACUGGAGGGCGGCGCUAAGAACUACGCGGAGAGCGAGGACGAGGAUAACGAGAACAGGGGAGGGGCCGGGGCAGUAGGCGGGGUCAACAUGGUAAUGGGGGAGGAGUCAGGGAAGAAGGGAAAGAAGAAGAUGAUCAAGAAGAAGUCGAGGUAUGAACGGAUGGAGAACGGAGAGAUCACUUCCUUCAUCACUGAAGACGACGUUGUUUACAGACCUGGCGAUUGUGUAUAUAUGGAGAGCCGCAGGCCCAACACUCCCUACUUCAUAUGUAGCAUUCAGGAUUUUAAACUGAGUAAGCGAGACCAUCUGUUACUGAGUGUUAAAUGGUACUACCGUCAGUCAGAGGUCCCAGACUCAGUCUACCAACACCUGGUGCAGGAUCGCAACAAUGAUAACGAUUCUGGCCGGGAGCUAGUCAUCACAGACCCAGUGGUCAAGAGCAGAGAACUCUUCAUCUCUGACUAUGUGGACACAUACCAUGCUGCUGCCCUCAGGGGGAAGUGUAACAUUGCCCAUUUCUCCGACAUCUUUGCUGCCAGGGAGUUCAAAGCUCGCAUCGACUCAUUUUUCUACAUCCUGGGAUACAACCCAGAGACCAGGCGACUAAACAGCACACAAGGAGAGAUCAGAGUGGGGCCUAGUCACCAAGCCAAGCUUCCCGAGCUGCAGCCCUUCCCCUCCGAGGCCCCGGAGGGCCUGGGUCAGGCUGUGACAGAGAAUGAGGAGCUGGUGUGGAUGCCAGGGGUCAACGACUGUGACCUGCUCAUGUACCUCAGGGCUGCAAGGAGCAUGGCUGCCUUCGCUGGCAUGUGUGACGGAGGUUCUACAGAAGACGGUUGCCUAGCGGCCUCGCGAGACGACACCACACUCAACGCACUUAACACGCUUCACGAGAGCAGUUAUGAUGCAGGCAAGGCCCUACAGCGCCUGGUCAAAAAGCCUGUUCCCAAACUCAUAGAGAAGUGCUGGUCAGAAGACGAAGUGAAGCGGUUCAUUAAAGGGCUCAGACAGUACGGCAAGAACUUCUUCAAGAUUCGUAAAGAGCUGCUACCCAACAAGGAAACGGGUGAGUUGAUAACCUUCUACUACUACUGGAAGAAGACUCCUGAGGCAGCAUCGUCCAGGGCCCACCGUAGACACCGUCGCCAGCCUGUGUUCCGACGCAUCAAGACACGUACCGCCUCCACCCCCGUCAACAUCCCGUCUAGACCCCCCUCCUCAGAGUUCUUGGACCUGAGUUCAGCCAGUGAAGAUGACUUGGACAGUGAAGACAGUGAGCAGGAGCUGAAGGGUUACGCCUGCCGACACUGUUUCACCACCACCUCUAAGGACUGGCACCACGGGGGCAGAGAGAACAUCUUGUUGUGUACAGACUGUCGUAUCCACUUUAAGAAGUACGGAGAGCUGCCUCCCAUCGACAAGCCCGUGGACCCGCCUCCGUUCAUGUUCAAACCCGUCAAAGAGGAUGAGGAUGGACUCAGCGGGAAACACAGCAUGAAGACCCGACGCAACAGAGGAUCGAUGUCGACGCUCCGUAGUGGCCGGAAGAAGCAGACAGCCAGUCCUGAUGGACGAGCAUCUCCAACCAAUGAGGACCUGCGGUCUAGUGGCCGUACCUCCCCCUCCGCAGCCUCCACAGACAGCACUGACAGCAAGACAGACCCCAUGAAGAAACCCAGCAAGAAGAUUAAGGAGGAGUCUCCUAUGAAGAGUGUCAAACGCCAGAGAGAGAAGGGAGGAGCCUCAGACACCGAGGACACAGACAGCAGGACAACCGCCAAAAAGUCCAAGACCCAGGAGCUGGGUCGGUCCGACUCGCCGUCAGAAUGCGAGGGAGAGGGCGAAGGCGAGAGCUCUGACGGGCAUAGCGUCAACGAGGAGUGUAGCAGUGACGCUAAAGACAUUGACCAGGACAACCGCAGCUCCUCGCCCUCCAUCCCCAGCCCCCGAGACGGGGAGAGUGACUCGGACUCCUCCGCCCAGCAACAGCUGCUCUUACUGCAGAGACAAGAGAGAGAGAGGGAGAGGGAGAGGGUGAGAGAGGUGCAGUCGCAGCACCCUCUGGUUACCCAGUCCUGUCAGCCAGGGACCUUCGGUGGUCGCUCCACCACCCCUCCAUUACCUUCCACGUCCUCCUCAGCCCCCUCACUGGUCCCCCAGGUCCCACCCUCCUCCGCACCCCCCACUUCUCUUCCACUGCCUCUACCGCCUCCAAUGCCCCAACAGGCCGGCCCCCUCUCUCUCAUCCAAUCGGGGGCGUCGCUCCACCCCCAGAGGCGGCCCUCCCCCUUGCCUCAUUCUCCACAGCAGGGGAUGUCUCAGGCUCCACCCCCAGGACCGCCAGGCUCCACCCAGUCGCUACCAAGCACGUUCCACGGCCCACUGCCCCACCCAUCAUCCAUGCCCCACCCACUCCAAACUGGCCCCUCUCACCUGCCCCACCCCCACUCCCUGCCCCCUCAAAGCUUCCCAUUGGGCCCCCAGUCUCAGGUCCCGCCCUCCCCGCUCCCUCUCAGUCAAUCGCUGCAGCCGUCUCACAGGGCCCACACGCCCCCCAGCCAAUCAUCGUCGUCCCAGGGUGGCUCGUCCAAUCAGCCGCCCCGCGAGCAGCCCCUACCCCCCGCCCCUUCCAUGUCCAUGCCCCACAUCAAGCCCCCUCCGACCACCCCCAUCCCCCACAUGCCCAACCGCGACCCUCAGUCUCACAAACACGGGCCUCCACACCUCUCAGCGCCCCCCUUCCCCCAGAUGCCCUCCAACCUGCCCCCUCCACCCGCCCUCAAGCCCCUCUCCUCCCUGUCCACCCACCACCCUCCUCCUGCCCACCCUCCUCCCCUCCAGCUCAUGCCCCAGGGCCCAGGCCAGCAGCUCCAGCCUCCACCAGCCCAGCCCCCUGUCCUCACCCAGUCCCAGAAUCUCCCCAUUUCAGAGAGAGAGCGAGGCAGCCAGCACCACCCUCCUCCUCCUCUACCCCAGUCCGGACCAUCACCAUCCUCCCACCCUAACACAUCCCAACAGUCCCCGUUCCCUCCUCACCCCUUCGCCCCUGUCCUGCCCCUCUCCUCCUCUAGCUGUCCUCCCCCCUCCUCAUCCUCCUCUCUACCACCAGGCCUCCAGCCCCCCUCUUCCUCCAUCUCCAUGCCCCUCCCAGCCUCCGUCGGCUCCGCCUGCCCAGGUCCCGCCCUCCCACCUGUACACAUCAAGGAGGAACCUCUCGACGAAUCAGAGGAGCCCGAGAGCCCUCCGCCCCCUCCACGGAGCCCCUCCCCCGAACCUACCAUCGUCAACACGCCCAGCCAUGCUAGCCAAUCAGCACGGUUCUACAAGCAUCUGGACCGUGGCUACAACACGUGUGCUAGGACAGACUUCUAUUUUACUCCUCUGGCUGCUUCUAAACUGGCCAAGAAGAGAGAAGAAGCACUGGAGCGGGUUAAGAGGGAGGCCGAGCAGAAAGCCCGGGAGGACAAGGAGAGGGAGAAGGAACGAGAGAGGGAACGGGAAAGAGAGAAGGAACAGGAGAGAGCUGUGAAAGCCUCCAGUUCGUGUCACGACGGCCGUAUGGGUGACCCCCAGAUGGGUGGCUCCGCCCACAUGCGUCCUCCCUUCGACGGCCCCCCUACCUCCAUCGCUGCAGUGCCCCCUUACAUCGGGCCCGACACGCCCGCCCUGCGCACCCUCAGCGAGUACGCCCGCCCCCAUGUCAUGUCCCCGACCAAUAGGAACCACCCCUUCUUCGUCUCCCUCAACCCCAACGACCCCCUGAUGGCCUAUCACAUGCCUGGCCUCUACAACGCCGACCCGGGCAUGCGGGAGCGUGAGCUGCGAGAGCGGGAGAUGAGGGAGAGAGAGAUGAGGGAGAGGGAGCUGAGAGAGAGGAUGAAGCCUGGGUUCGAACACAAACCCCCGGAACUAGAAGGCAUGCACCCCUCGGCUAACCCCAUGGAGCACUUCGCCCGACACGGCGCCAUCUCCUUACCUUCCAUGGCGGGACCGCACCCCUUCGCCUCCUUCCACCCGGGUCUCAACCCCCUGGAGAGAGAGCGUUUGGCGUUGGCCGCGGGACCCCAGCUCAGACCAGACAUGAGCUACCCGGAGCGGCUGGCGGCGGAGAGGCUGCACGCCGAGAGGAUGGCGGCGGUGGCCAACGACCCUAUCGCCAGGCUUCAGAUGUUCAACAUCACGCCUCAUCACCACCAGCACUCCCACAUCCACUCACACCUGCACCUCCACCAGCAAGACUCCCUGCACCAAGGCGGUGGUGAAUGUCUUGUGUGCCCUCCAGGUUCGGGGGGGCACCCCCUCGUAGACCCCCUGGCAGGAGGCCCGCAUCUCGCCCGCUUUCCCUACCCGCCCGGCGCAAUCCCCAACCCCCUCCUGGGACAGAACCCACACGAACAUGAGAUGCUGCGACACCCGGUCUUCGGUACUCCGUACGCCCGGGACCUUCCUCCCCAGAUGUCUGCAGCCCACCAGCUCCAGGCCAUGCAUGCCCAGUCUGCAGAGCUGCAGCGGCUAGCUAUGGAACAGCAGUGGCUGCAUGGACAUCACCACAUGCACGGUGGCCCACUUCCUGGACAAGAGGACUAUUACAGAUCAUGCAGACGAUUCAAGUGAUCUCGAGUUCCAGAAAUGGACUCCUUUUACAGAAAAACCUGAUGCCGGCUGAAGAAGGAAAGCGACAAGCAACUGUAACCGACCAAAUGGGGACGCAGGAAGUUGCCUAGGACACAGGAACAGGAAGUAGUUACAAAGCAGUCGGUCAGUCAGAGGAACUCGACCUCCGCUCCUCCCAAAACAUUUCCCGUUACGAAGAACAACAAAAAAAACUGAAGAAGAAAAAAAAAAGAGGAGGAUUUUUCUGUUGUCUGUUUUCCUUCCAUGUCUAUUUUUUCUUUUCGUUAAGGACAUUGAGAGACGUUGUUUGGUGUAACUGCAGCCGUCUAGUAGUGGCACCGACUUCAAGACUGAUUGUGACUUCCCUGCAUGAAUACUCCUCUAAAGCUUCCACAACGUGUUUGUAGGUAGCACACGUUCACUGUGCUAGUCGACGGAAAGGAAACAAGACCGGAAAAGAGAGUUCCAGACAUUAUAUCCACGGAAAGAUUCAAAAACUAAGUGCUAUUGUUAUUUUAAUACAUUAUUGGAGGUUUUCAUAAUUUGAACGAAAAGCUGCAGCAUGGCAUUUUUUUGAGUCUGUAAAUAGUAUAUAUAUAUACAUAUAAUUAUUAUUAUUAUAAUUGUUACUAGGUGUGGUCUCAGAACCAAGUCAUUUAUAAACCUCCAAUAUGUUAUUGUGUUCUGAAGCAUUAUGCCUUGUUUUAACGGGGGAGGGGGCAACAUAGCAUUACUAGAACAGCCAAAGGGUACAGCGAUGGUUCCAGUCCUGUUGUGUGGGGGUACCUCAGAGAGCCGUAUAGUCCCAGACUCUCACCUACACAAGACUGUCCCAUCCACCUCCUUUCAUUAUACACCUCUUGACAAGCACCAUAUUGUCAGACAGAAUGCCUGAACUUACUGCGUUGAGUUAAUGAUUUGAGACCCUUGAAGAGGACUGACUAUAUCUCAGUCACCAAGUCAUCUAUGGAUCAGCAUAUCCCCCUGUCCUGCCCUAUCCUGCCCUGUCCUGCCCUGUGCUGCCCUGCCCUGCCCUGCCCUGCCCUGCCCUGCCCUGUCCUGCCCUGCCCUGCCCUGUGCUGCCCUGCCCUGCCCUGCCCUGUCCUGCCCUGCCCUGCCCUGUCCUGCCCUGCCCUGUCCUGCCCUGCCCUGUCCUGUCCUGCCCUGUCCUGCCCUGUCCUGCCCUGCCCUGCCCUGCCCUGUCCUGCCCUGUCCUGCCCUGCCCUGCCCUGCCCUGUAGUGUACAAUACCCUGAUGCAGAUAUCAUCUAUUGCACUCCAAGGAAGACUAGAUAGAAUCCCUCAGUUACAACUCUAUGGAUGUUAGGUUACUACUCUAUGUGGAAGACUAGAUAGAAUUUCUCUGUGCUUUUAAUUGAUUUUGACACUCGACUAUGGAGUCAACAUAAUUAAGAAACAUUUAAAAGUUUAUAGGCAGAUUUUUAAAACCUGUUUUACAAUUUUCUUAUACAAUGUUUUAAAAUUGUCUUCGUGUCUUCAAGCUACACUGAGGCGCCAACAUGUGUUCUGAUCUGACUGUGGGUGAGUGGACUUGAACAAGGGUGCUAGAGGGAACUGCGGGUGGUGACGGUGGUGAUAACCCUGGUUUCCUCACUCCUCUAUUUGUCCAAGUGUGGCUGCUACAGCAAGACUUCUCUAGCCUGGUAUAUUUGUGCUGUCUUGACAACUCCUAGGGUACCAGGCUAGUGGUUCUCCUCCAUGAGGGGAUCCUGAUAUACUGUGUGCUGUGCUGCCAUAUUCACUGUGACUAACUAGCUACAUGGGAGGACGUGGGUCCAGUACUGGGUCCAGAUUCUAUCUAACAGGCCUAGCUACAUGGGAGGACGUGGGUCCAGUACUGGGUCCAGAUUCUAUCUAACAGGCCUAGCUACAUGGGAGGACGUGGGUCCAGAUUCUAUCCAACAGGCCUAGCUACAUGGGAGGACGUGGGCCCAGUACUGGGUCCAGAUUCUAUCUAACAGGCCUAGCUACAUGGGAGGACGUGGGUCCAGUACUGGGUCCAGAUUCUAUCUAACAGGCCUAGCUACAUGGGAGGACGUGGGCCCAGUACUGGGUCCAGAUUCUAUCUAACAGGCCUAGCUACAUGGGAGGACGUGGGUCCAGUACUUGGAGCAGAUUCUAGGAAGUGGAGGUGUAAUGUCAGUGGUCCUAUUGCCUCCAGGCUCUCGCUGUUCUCCCCUGCUGGCUGGUCAGCCGUCCCCUCAGCCUGCACAGCUUCUCCUGGCCUCCCCUUCAAUGCCGGGGGUGUUGAGUGUACUGUACGCCAUGCCAUUGACUGUUCUGUUCAGUUCACCUGACUGUCAUACCGGUCUACUGGCUGGUAGCUCUCACCUAUCCUAUGUUAGCCUAUGGUCGAGUUACUUCUACUCCUCUCUGGUCCGUCCAUGUGCUCUGUUUGUCUGUCUGUUCAAUGCACAUUCACUCAUCUCAUGUACUCCUCUUCAUCUGCUGCCUCCUCCUCUUUCAGACACCACCCUCCUCUUUCUGACACCACCCUCCUCUUUCUGACACCCUCUUUCUGACACCACCCUCCUCCUCUUUCUGACACCACCACCCUCCUCCUCUAUCUGACACCACCCUCCUCCUCUUUCUGACACCACCACCCUCCUCUUCUAUCUGACACCACCCUCCUCUUCUAUCUGACACCACCCUCCUCUUCUAUCUGACACCACCCUCCUCUUCCAUCUGACACCACCCUCCUCUUUCUGACACCACCCUCCUCUUUCUGACACCACCCUCCUCUUUCUGACACCACCCUCCUCUUUCUGACACCACCCUCCUCUUUCUGACACCACCCUCCUCUUUCUGACACCACCCUCCUCUUUCUGACACCACCCUCCUCUUCCAUCUGACACCACCCUCCUCUUUCUGACACCACCCUCCUCUUUCUGACACCACCCUCCUCUUCCUGCCUUUUAGUGUUCUCUCCUCUCCUCCAAACCCUUGGAUGUUAGGUGUUGUCAAUGGUUUAUCUUCUCAUUUCCAAGCAGCAAUAGCAGAAUGUCUACACAUUCUGACCGGCUAAGAUUUAUAUAUAUAACUGGUAUCUUGAAGCAUAUUGUAUAUAUUAGUAGUCACCAUGGGGAUGAUGACAUGACAAUGUAAACAAAAAGUAGAAAUAAUAAGAAAAAGUGAGUCCUGUGUUCUCUCUCCAUUUGAGUAUUUUGUAAUUUUUUUGAAAAAUGUGUGGAAUUAAAAUAAACGACUAAGUUACACCUCAA